GAGUUGGACUCACAUUUAGCAUUACCCAACGGAAUAGAUGUGCCUUACAAUUUCAGCGGUAAAGUAGUGCUGAUCACAGGCUCGAGUUCAGGUAUCGGUGCCGCCACUGCCGUACAAUUCUCCAGAGCCGGCGCUCGUGUUGUUGUCACCGGUAGACGAGCCGAUAGAGUGUCACAAGUGGCCGAAGAGUGUCUCAAAGUAUCACCGAAUCGGUCGAAAGCGCUGGAAGUGGUGGCGGAUGUGACUAAACCGGAGGACUUGCGACGACUUGUGGACACAACUAUCGCACACUUCGGGAAACUCAAUGUCUUGGUAAACAAUGCCGGCGCCGGUAUUGUGGCUAAAAUUGGCGAAAAUGAUUUUUACGAGAAUUACCUGAAAGUAAUGCAAAUAAAUCUCAAUUCUGUGGUCUAUUUAACGCAUAUAUGUGUCGAGCAUUUGGAGAAAACCAAAGGAAAUGUCGUUAACAUUUCAAGUCUCGCUUCAAUAAAUGCCUUAACCUGGUGUGCACCAUAUUGUAUGUCUAAGGCCGCGAUGGAUAUGUUCACCAAAUGUAUGGCCGCAGAGUUGGGACCCAAACGUAUCCGCGUUAAUGGCAUCAACCCUUGUGGAAUUCCUACGGAUUUUAUGAAGUCAGUAAGAAUAAAUAUGGAGCUUCCUGAUAAAAAUUUUAAGUCCAACGCUAAUUUGACCCAGGUGGGUCGCAUGGGGGAACCCGUUGAUGUGGCUAACUCCAUACUAUACCUGGCUAGUGACCAAGCUGCUUUUGUCACCGGUGCCAACUUGUUUGUGGACGGGGGUAUUAGUUCUAUAAAUGCAAAUGCU